CGGCCGGAGUUGGCUCGUUCUAGGAGAGUCGGCCGGUGAGUGAAUUUGGGUCGUAGUGGCGAUACCGUAACCAUUCUUGUUUGCGGAUCUGAUUCAGUUUUCUCGUUUCUUUUCAGUCUCGGUAUAGAGUUAGAGCUAAUUAAUAUCAUAUGGUGGUAACAUAGAGGUGAUGAAGACAGUAAAGGCCUUCCAUUCUUUAAAAGAUGAAAGGGCCAAGUUUAAAUAAGCUGAGAAGUGUAAAACUUUCAAUAUCUCUCAUAGCAUUAAUUUGUACAACUCUUCUUAUAUGGGCAUGGGAAAAAACCCCUCUUUUAGCUUCUGUUCUACCGCCUUCGGAUCACUUUGAUGUCCGCUUGGGCAUUUCCUUUCCAGUGAUUCCUUCAGAAAUUCCUGUGAGUCAUUUUGAUUUUGAAGAGAAGCAGCAUCCAGCAGAGGAUGAUUUCCCAAAAGCACAGACACUUGCUGAACCUGUUACUGAUGUGAUACAGCAUGCUAGCGAGAAUGCAAAUGCUAAGAUGGCUCAUGAUGCAGUCAAUCCACUGGCAGAGCUUGGUUUUCCUCCUCCUUCAGGUGUAGCUCUUGAUGACAAAGGUUCAAAUACAGCGUCUGACAAGAAGAAAGACUGCAAUUAUGCCAAGGGAAAAUGGGUUGCGGAUAAGCGACGACCAUUGUAUUCAGGUUCUGGCUGCAAGAAAUGGCUCUCUGAAAUGUGGGCUUGUAGAUUGACCAAACGGACAGACUUUUCAUUUGAAACUUACCGAUGGCAACCACAAAAUUGUGAAAUGCCAGAAUUUGAGGGAUCUGCAUUCUUGAACCGGAUGCAGCACAAAACUCUUGCUUUUGUAGGGGAUUCCUUAGGAAGACAACAAUUCCAAUCCAUGAUGUGCAUGAUCACUGGUGGUAGAGAAACUUCUGAUGUGGAAAAUGUUGGAAAGCUUUAUGGCCUUGUUAAAGCUCGCGGUGCUGUAAGACCUGAUGGUUGGGCCUAUCGCUUUCCGAGAACUAACACAACAAUUCUUUACUACUGGUCAGCAAGUCUCUGCGAGUUGGAGCCUCUGAACCAAUCAGAUCCAGCUACUCAUUAUGCCAUGCAUCUUGAUCGCCCUGCAUUUUUCCUAAAGCAUUUUCUUCCUCGGUUUAAUGUUUUGGUGCUUAAUACUGGGCACCAUUGGAACAGGGGAAAACUCAUAGCUAACCGGUGGGAAAUGUAUGUUGAUGGGAAGCCAAUUGCGGAUAGGAAACUCGCACAGAUAGCAAAUGCCAGAAAUUUUACUGUUUACAGUAUUGUAAAAUGGUUGGAUUCGCAGCUUCCACUUCAUCCAGGACUGAAAGGAUUCUAUAGGUCUAUAUCUCCGAGGCACUUUUUCAAUGGAGACUGGAAUACUGGUGGCAGCUGUGAGCAUACUACUCCAUUAGCUGGUGGAAGUGAGGUUACUCAAGAUCACUCUAGUGAUGCUGUCGCUGAGCGUGCAGUGAUGGGAACAAAGGUUAAGCUUUUGGAUAUUACUGCUUUUUCACAAUUGAGGGAUGAAUGUCACAUAUCCAAGUAUAGUAUGAAAGCUUCUACUGGCGUACAUGAUUGCUUGCAUUGGUGCUUACCUGGUGUGCCUGAUACAUGGAAUGAGUUACUUUAUGCACAAAUAUAAAGCAUCAUUCUAACACGAACUUUGGUUUGAGUCUUAAACACGGAGUAAUGUAAUUGAGAAGAUACGGAGAUGUCUUGAUUUGUGAUUGGCUUUCUUAUUGUUUGUUCAACUUAUGAAAUGCUUGUGAGCUGAGCUGCAUUCUCAUACUUGACUGGCUUUCUUUUGGAAGGCAGCAGAAGCCAGUGGCUGUAGAGUAGUGAUAUUCAACGGGACAGAUUCAUAAAGAAUGAAUUUUUUUUUGUGAUAAACAUAUUAGUACUGGCUGCAUAUGCUUGCACUUUGAUCAUUAUGAAGGUGCUCCUUUGUUGACUCUGAAGAUUUUCUUACCAGACGUGAGUCCAUCAACAGGCCUUCAGUAUGCUGGAGAUAUUUUUGUGACUAUGAUAAAAAGAGUUCCUUCUAACUUAAUCUUGUAGUAUUUGUCUUACAAAUGAAGAACUACUGUGCUUCUAUCCGCUUGCUGUGAGUUUGUUAACAAAUGCGGAGUUUUGGAAACUAUUCAUUAAGUGGAAUAACAUGUAUGAAACUACUCCCUUUUUUUU